AUGAUUCAUUCUGAGGAGGAAGAGGAGGACAGAGCAGAGUCUCCAGGAUCCAGCUGUCUGUCUAUGAAGAGUGAUCGGUCUAAAGGUCAUCCUCCAGACAUCAGUGAUGAACCUGGACCCUCAGACACAAAAGUUCAGUCCAACAGACAGAGAAAGUUUCUAAAGUCCAGGUUUCUGUCUAUGAAGCGUGACCGGUCCAAAGGUCUUCCUCCUCCAGACUUCAGUGGUGAACUUGGACCCUCAGACACAAAACUGACUGAAGUCCAGAAGAUGGAUGUUCAUGUGGAGGAAGAGGAGGACAGAGCAGAGUCUCCAGCAUCCAUCUGUCUGUGUAUUAAGAGAAACAAGUCCAAAGGUCUUCAUCCUCCAGCCUCCAGUGAUGAACCUGGACCCUCAGACACAAAAGUUCAGUCCAACAGACAGAGAAAGUCUCUAAAGUCCAGGUUUCUGUCUAUGAAGCGUGACCGGUCCAAAGGUCUUCCUCCUCCAGACUUCAGUGAUGAACCUGGACCCUCAGACACAAAAGUUCAGUCCAACAGACAGAGAGCAGAGUCUCCAGGAUCCAGCUGUCUGUCUAUGAAGAGUGACCGGUCCAAUGAUGUUCUUCCUCCAGGCUUCAGUGAUGAACCUGGACCCUCAGACACAAAAGAGAGGAAGAAGAGUCAUGUUCCUGUGGAGGAGCAGCCGUCCUGCUGUGUUUGGUGUCAGGACGUCCUGAAGGAUCCGGUCUCUACCAGCUGUGGACACUGGUUCUGCAGACACUGCAUCACCUCAUACUGGGACCAGUCUGCUUCACCAGAAGACUCCUCCUGUCCCCAGUGUGGAGACAGAUCCAGAACAAGACCUGGACUGCAGACAGCCAGUCAGACCAGCACUGUCCAAAGUAAGACUGUCCAUCUUUACAAUGUGGCCUGCU